GCUGUUGUCACUUGCAGAUUGUGGCAAUGGUACUUACUGCUUCAUCCCCCGCUCGCCGUUUGGCAUGGAUCGCUGGGGAAGUGGACGGGAAAUGUUCUACCUCUUCCUCGUCGGCAUCGUUCUGUUCCUCCUGCUGUGGUUCUUCGAGACCAACGUGUAUGGCAUCUGGUACUGGAUCAGGUCAAUCCCUGGCCAGAGGUCCCGCGAAGACGGGGCAACGGUUUCACUUUCAGAUAUUGAGAUGGGCAUCCACGAACCGGGUACGUCGGAGGACGACGACGUGGCGGCCUGAGCGCGCAACAGUCGAAGCGUUAGUCCAGAGAGGCGGCAUGGCACAUGAAGCUCUGGUUGUGCUCAACCUGAAGAAGAACUUCCAGUCUCUUCAGGCUGUGGACAACCUGACCUUUGCCGUGCACAAGAAUGAGUGCUUUGGUCUGCUUGGUGUCAACGGGGCGGGCAAGACGACAACCUUUAGGAUGCUCACCGGUGACCUCCCCAUGAGCUCAGGCAAUGCGUACCUUGGUGAAGCCAGCCUUCAGAACGACCUUCUGGAGUUUCAGUCCAAUAUUGGCUACUGCCCACAGUUUGAUGCCCAAAUAGACAGACUGACUGGGCGAGAGACCUUGGAGUUGUUUGCGCUCAUCCGAGGCGUGCCCAAUCACCGUGUUCCUUCAGUCGUCAACUACAUGAUCAACCUAGCAGACCUGCAAGCCCAUGCCGACAAGCCUACAGAAGCUUACAGUGGUGGGAGUCGGCGCAAGCUCUCCAUCGCCAUGGCACUGAUCGGCAACCCUCCGGUGGUGUUCCUCGACGAACCCACAGCAGGCGUGGACCCAGCAGCACGGCGCAAGAUCUGGCAGGGGCUCGACGACGUGCAGAAGCUCAUGGGUGCUGCCGUCAUCCUCACCAGUCACAGCAUGGAGGAGUGCGAGGCCCUUUGCCAGAGGAUAUCCAUCAUGGUUAACGGGUCCUUCCGGUGCCUUGGAUCGACACAGCACCUCAAGUCCAAGUUUGGCGAGGGCUUCACUGUCAUCGUCAAGAUGGGGCAGGAGCAGGCGGCCAGCUCCAACGCAGCGUCGACCAUCUCCAACGCCAUGCUUGCCAAGUUUCCGGGCAACUGCGUCCUCAGGGACAGUCACCAGGCCUUGCUCCACUUCCACGUCACUGACACCAGCCUAAGGUGGAGCCAACUUUUCGAGACCCUGGAGACCCUGAAGCAGGAGCUCUCUUUCGAAGACUACAUCGUAAGCGACACGACACUCGAGCAGAUCUUCCUGGCGUUUGCGAGGUCGCAGCGAGACACAACGACCGAGGCCCCUGUUGGCUGCUUCCGAAAGUGGUGUCCUUUCUAGUUCUGGCUUUGUAAGCUUUGGAAAGCCCGCCAAACCCCGCCGCCAGAAUUGCCUGCGCUCUCACCGCAACUUGGCGGGCGUAGAAGGUUGCACCAAGCUGCAUCUAAAAUGAAAGCUCCAGAGUCCGCGUCAAGCUUUCUGGAAGUUUCAAGCUUGCAAUAACGUCAGCGUAACAAUAGGCAUGCAUGAAAGUGCCAGGCAGAUGCGAUGAGAUUUGAUUUACAAGAUUCAUCUUUCUGCAAAAAAAUCACAUGUACAAGCUUGGUUACUAUAUUCAUGAUGAUGUGUGCACGUAUUCACGUGUGUGUAUGUGUAGCUGCUCAAAUCGAGUUUGCUGGUUUAGAGUUUCACACUCCGAUUGCUCCUUGUUUAUCUGUAUUGCUUCUGCUGUUCUAAGCUUGGGCAGGACAGCUUCAAACAAGAAAAAAAAUCAACAGAUGUUCGCAAGUUUACCCAAAUCACUGCAGCAAUAUUAAGUUGUAGUGAAAGACCAGCAUCUUGGUCAUUCCUUUGAUGACCUUAAGUUAAGUGGAAUGUCUUUCGAACUGAAGGAACUUUCACAGAAGUCUUCUACAUAUGCCUUACUUAUGCAAAGCGAGACAAGUACGUCGAAGUUGGAAAAUUCCUCUUGCAUCUUACUGUGAUAACGAAAGCUUCGGGCCUUCUGCUCUCGCCAAUUUGCGAUGAGACGCUGUGUGGCUGACGGUGCAUUGCCUUAUGUCAUGUUUGUGCAUGACUGCAGUGCUGUAGGCUUUCUGCGGUGCUAGUUUUUCUGCGUUUGCGAUCGGUCUGAUGUUUCGGAGUAAAUGCGCUGGGCGCAUGUUCGAGACGUUUUGCUAUAACAGCGCUGAGCGCAUGUUUAAGACGUUUUGGAAUAACAGCAUUGAGCACAUUUUCGAGAUGCUGCAGAUGUCUCGCUGGUGGAACCUUAGGAAUGUGAUGUAUGGUGGAGCAAAGUGGGUGAGCUUACUGUUGCCAAGUUUUGCGGCGACACGCAAGAUACCACCUCCUGGUGGCAGUGCACUGUGAUUUUGUUGUGUAAGAAGAUAGAUGCCUUAAGUAUGAAAGUGUAUCAGGAUGUAGGUCUUUUUUCGUUCCAAGUGAGUGCAGAAGUGUUGCGCAUGUCUUAUUUAGAACUGUAUGUUUAUGAUGUGUGGCCUAGUUCAUGUAGGAAGGUGAAUUGAAUUGACGAAUUGAUUUUGCAACUGCGUUGCGAGGAUGAACAGGCAAGAAAAGCUGCCAGUAGCAGCUUGAGGUGACACUGGCCACCUCAGUAGUGAGGUGUGUCAGUCCCGAGAUAAUGUUUCUUCUCUCACAAGAUGUAUCGGAGGCAGUUUUCUGGCAAAAGAAAAUGUUGCCACUGGCAGUACUGUGUAGUUGAGAUUAUAUUCACUUUCAGGCUCGGUUUCCCUAAUAUCACCAAUUGUUCACGCAACGUUGCCAGUAUGUUGCCUUAACAUCCCGAACGUUGCCCCAACAUUGUUGCACCACUGCGUGCUACUAUGGUUUGUUCUGCUUAAAGCAUUGUAUAGUGUUUCUGAAAGUUCUAUUCCGGUGUAAGUAUGACUCGUACAUUGCAUUGUUUCAGGGUUGUUUAACGUAUCCCUUGUUUUGCGUUGCAGUUCUUGUAUUGCAGGCAGAUGGCAAGGUGCCCAUUUUUAUAAUCAUCUCGGGGGAUGUCAACCAAGUAAUUUAAUCAUACAUAUUGCUUCAUGUUAGGUAUAUUAAAUGGACAUCAUUUUAUGCAGUUGUACAUUGGGAGACCAAGGUGGUUUUUAAAUAUUCCAAAGAAUAGUAAAAUGCUGUCAUGUGUGCUCCUUUUUACUUUUAACUUUUUACUUUUGUGUUGUGUAAUAUUUUGUAUAAACAUGCAAGCAGUUGUUUUACUGCAGAACGCAAGUUUUUUGGAAUAAAUUAUUAUGAGAUUUUUGAUGUUAAUAAGGCUGUUGAGUCAUCUUUGUUGACAGGACAAAAGAGACGAAGGGAUCUCGAAUCUCGUCAACUAUUUCCGUCUCUCUCAGCCUGUCAAACCACACUUUUUCACUUUGCAAACCUAAGAAAAUUUUAUGAAUGACCGGACGAUUCCUUAAAUGUAUUCAGUCACUAGCUGUUUAUGACUGGCAUUCUUGAAAAUGCCACAACUGUAGCCGCUUAUUUUUUCUAUCACUUAAAACAUUGAUUCAUUACGUGAAGGGCUGUCAGUGGGGUUAGCUUGCAGAAAGAUGAUAUUCUUGCAGUUAUUAGCUGGACAAUGUCAAAACGCAGAAGGUACAGAAAGCUUGUUCAGAAAGCUGUUGCAAAAACAAAAACAUGCCAAAAGCUUGUGCACGUUUCGUCAUUGCAAUGCUGCUCCUGCAUUAGAUAAAGAUUUAGUCAGUUUUCUGACAUCACACUUCUGCAAAUUUUUGAAGUGUGGAUGACAGCUGUGCAGGCUGUUGCACACAGUUUGUGUGAUGUUAUCAGAUGACCACCGUGUACAUCUGUCACAUUGCAAAACAUACACUACAAAGCUGCAUACCUCCUGAUAAAAAAAUUGGCUGGAUGUCAUGAUGUAGGUAUGCCACGUUGCUGAAAAGCUGGUAAAUUUUUAACACCUUUUCUUGCGCAUAACCGCAAUUUUGUAAGCAGACAAAUGUCCGAAGCUGCAUGCAAAAUUUCAAGUAUUAAGUCCUUAGGCAUAAUGUGCCUUUCUCUUUCAUGAAAACACUGAACGAGAUUUUUCACACACUGAAACAACAAACGUGCUUGUCAUUCUGGUGUAGUAGAGAGUUAGUGCACGUGAGCCACAUGUUUUCAUUGAGGUCGCGAAACUGUCUAAAGCGCUCUACUACGCAAACGUCAAAAAGCUUCCAGCUCCAGUAUAUUGAACAUUGCGAUUCCCUUCAGAUUUGACGUAUCAGGUUUCGACUGUAUAACCGUUGUUGCCAAACCUAAGUUUCAUUGUCGUUUCAAGGUUGACGUUAACGUUAAGUUGAGAAUGCAUUUUCAGGAGCACAGAAGUUGUAAAAUUGUGAAGUAGUACCUCAUGAUAAUGAUAAUGUUGCUAAAGAAAGGCUCGUAAGGCCUCAUGAUAAUAAGUGAGUUUUAGCACUGCAUAUGCUGCAUCUGUAACUGCCUUGCAUGCGCAAGAAUGCCACAUUUCCCUUAAAGUGCGCUUGCAGAAAUUCUUAGGUGCACUUUGCCAAACAUGGUGUUUUUACGUGCACAACGCUGUUGUGGAUGCGCAUGCAUUUCUAAUACCCACUAAUGAGCCCAGUCUACCGCUGCCACCUCUUGAAUACAAUUGCAGUGUCUAUCAUAUGUUAGGUCUGCCAUCAAUAUUUCACUGAACAUAGCCGUAAAAUUCCCAGGCUGAUGCAUUACCUUUAUAAUGCGGAAUAUUAUUAUACAGUAAAUGCAAUAGGAGAUAUAGCUGCUGUGUGCAGAAUCUGUGAAAGACUGUGCUGAAAUGUCUGGAAUUUUUACUGCUAUAUUUUUAUAUUUGUGACUGGUCACGCGCAUGUUGUGUAUCUGCGUAUGUUAUAUGAGGCUGCCUGUUGAUGUGUUUUGCUUAUGGCUUUAUUUUGACAAUCAGUAAGUUAUGCAGAUAAAUGUGUUAGCAUUAGAAACAUCUGGUUAUCAAAGCUGCGCCAUUGUAGUCACGCUGCUUUAAUGCCGUCCAUUUUCCGUGGCCUAAAUCAAAUCUGCGUGUGCAGCCGUUCACGUCAAUAUACUUAGUCAAAUACAUGUUACUGGAGAGUACUAAUAUUUAUCUCUCCAAAAUAAUCCCACUUUUUAUUAAUUGUCAAAGGUUGGCUUGAAGGCACAAUAUCAUUCUUUGUCUCAGAUGUAAGACUAUGAUCAUUGUUUUCUUUAAUAUUGUUAUCUUUGUGUAAGCACGAAUAAGAGCUAUGCAAUGUAUAAAUGGCUGUUGAAAGGUGCAAGAUGCAAUGUUUCGUGAGCCAUAUUCAACAAACUUGAAAGUUAUGCAAGUUCAUUGGGAAUGUAUGCAUUCUCAUUAGGUCAUGAUUGCGUGUUGCUGUAGGGCUUGCUGCUGCUGUUGUGAUGAGGGGUGUUUUGGGUAUUGGUUAGAGACACCUUUUGAAUAACGAUGUGAAUGAAAUGUUAGAAAAAGAAAAGCAUGAUUGGACCAAGUCAGUGCACCAGUUACAUAAAGCUUUCACAUUACUGCAGUUCUGUGUUCGAGUGUGAGAUGGAGUGGUAAUGCCUAAGUGACUCAGAAACUUGUAUUAUGUAUUCAGCAUUGGCCUGGUAUAUUCAACACUGGUUCAAGCACAGAUGACAGUGAUAUCUUUCUAUUUUUUUCUACGACUAUAAUUAGCAGCAUCUUUUUCUUCUUCAUUCAUAGGUCUGAGUUAUAAAUCUUUUUUCUCAUCUACUUUAGCAACUGUUUCAGCAAAAUUUGGUAAUAUUCCUUCGGAAAUGAUUUCAUGUGUGGUCCCAUGAUCCUUCAUGUUUGGCAUGUGUCUUGUACGAAGCCUACAGAAUUUGUAUGAGUUCUAUCUCACUUUCACUUCUCCAAUAUUUAUCCGAAAAGUGUGGGAUUUUUGGACUCUGUACAGAGCGCUUCAGCGGUAUGUGACACAGGUUUCAGCAUAACACAUGCUAUGAAAAAAAAAAAAAGGUUAUUCGAAAUUACCAAUUUCCGUUCAUUACUUAAAAUAUUUGUCAAAACACACUAAGGCAUUGUCUGUUUAUCCAUUCUUGGCACUUCAUUGUAUUGAUGAGGUGUUUACCAACUUAUUGUCAUUAUAUUUUCAUCUGCGUUUAAUCCUGCUCUACAUAUCCUAGUCAAUGUUCGAUUAUGUUUCAUUGCUUCUACAUAAUCACUUGUUUCAUGUUUUUUUCCAUUUUGUGGAUCGCGCGCUGGAUUUCAAUGCUUUGUCCUCUCCAUGCCCACUGUGAUGUUCUGUAAUGGCAGUUUUCAUGCAGCACUUAAAAUAAAGUGUUGUUGAAGCUA